GGGACUGAUUUCUUUAACUUACCCCAGUUCAUAACUGCCUGCUCCCAGAAACGUCACAGGCAAACAAUGUCUCGAUAUGCUUGUACAUUGUGCUUUCUGUGCCCGGUGGGUUCGAAACCCGCCUCGACGGUUCAAACUCCCCCCAUAGCCGCAACCCGGAGGGUUAGACAUGGCCGGUAUAUAACAUUUGAAGGCAGGCCAAGCCUUCUAUUUUGUGAAGGUCAGAUACCGACUUUUCUUGCACGCACUAUCCCAUUCUUGAUUGAAAAAGUUACUACCGGUCAAGCCGGUCCGCAACCUCGCUACCACCAAUGCAACUUUGGUGAAGUCUGUCUGUACGGAAGAAAGGGAAUUCUCACUUCCAUGGACACUGAUAUAACCUGACACCUCUGGAAAGGAUGAAGAAGUCCAAUCUGGAGAGCUAUCUUAGAUUCAUUGAAAGCACGGAUCCCCAUCGUGUACUUAAUAACAAAGUGCGAAGUACACAACAAAACAAAAGCAGUGACCGUCCUUGCCGUGGCACGGAGAGUAAGGGAAGAGAGCUACCUUUACAUGAUGCAGCCCACUCUGUGGUCGAACAAUGAGCUCGUCGAACAAUAUUUUGACUAUUGCGAGAAGUAUUCUAUCAUCGAGUGAAGAACAUUAUAAUGCCCUUAAUCGUUAUACGGGUAUGGUGACACCGCUGCUACCUCCGCCACUAUCACUGCUACUACUACUCCAUCUUCCCCCUUCGUGGGUUUUUCGCCGAAUCCGUCCCCUCCCCCUCGGGAGGAAGAGACCCCGCCCUCGGCCCCUUCUAGGGAGGAAGAGGUCCCCUCUUCUUCGGAAGAGGGUGCCGCCUGAAAAAUGGCGUGGGGUAGUGCCUGCGGUGCCUCCGUCGUUGCGGUUCGGCCCCUUCGAGGGAAAAUGUUGUCUGUCGGGUGUCCCCCCGGCCGCCGUGUCUGUCUGCAUUACGACUACUAAACCUCUUGUAUCCAGUACUGUACGGAAAGUCAGCGUCCGAGUAUUUCUUAGCGGGAGUAGGUCCUCCAGCGAAGAUCGCUGCGUUGGCGACGGAUACCUUCGAUUCGCUACCCAUUGGCUUUGGGAUAAUCCUCUUAUUAUCUCGCAGCGGGGAGCCGUUCCUACUCGUUCCUGGUUUUCUGAUUCCUCGUUGAUCUGUGAUGAUCGAUUUGGCUGUAACUGUCAGCAAAGCCUUCUGUGGACUGCAGGCUAGAAUGCAGAUUAGAAUGCCUUGCGAUGCCGUUAAGGUAUAUC